GCUGAGACAUCCGUCCCCCUACGAGAACCCUCCUGGGUCGAGCAAAAUGAAUUACCAAACGUCGACUGCGUACUAUGACAUUGAUUAUGGGACGUCAGAGCCCUGUCAGAAGACCAACGUGAGACAGAUCGCGGCCAGGCUCCUGCCUCCGCUCUACUCGCUGGUGUUCAUCUUCGGCUUCGUGGGCAACAUGCUGGUCGUCCUCAUCCUCAUCAACUGCAAAAGGCUGAAGAGCAUGACGGACAUCUACCUGCUCAAUUUGGCCAUCUCCGACCUGCUCUUCCUUCUCACCAUCCCGUUCUGGGCCCACUACGCUGCAGACCAGUGGGUCUUUGGAAAUAGGAUGUGUCAGCUUUUGACAGGGCUCUAUUAUAUAGGCUUUUUCACUGGCAUCUUCUUCAUCAUCCUCCUGACCAUCGACAGGUACCUGGCGAUCGUCCACGCGGUGUUUGCCCUAAAGGCCCGGACAGUCACCUUUGGGGUGCUGACAAGCGGGGUCACCUGGGUGGUGGCCGUGUUCGCCUCUCUCCCCGGGAUCAUCUUCACCAGAUCCCAAAAAGAGGGGUCUCGCUUUACUUGCAGCCCCCACUUCCCACCCAGUCAGUACCGUUUCUGGAAGAACUUCCUGACGUUGAAGAUGAGCAUCUUGGGCCUGGUCCUGCCCCUGCUCGUCAUGGUCAUCUGCUAUUCGGCCAUCCUCAAGACCCUGCUCCGGUGCCGAAACGAAAAGAAGAGGCACAAGGCCGUGAGGCUCAUUUUUGUGAUCAUGAUUGUUUACUUUCUUUUCUGGGCUCCCUACAACAUCGUGCUUGUCCUGAGCACCUUCCAGGAGUCCUUCGGCCUGAACAAUUGCAGCAGCUCCAAUAGGCUAGACCAAGCCAUGCAGGUGACGGAGACGCUUGGGAUGACGCACUGUUGCGUCAACCCCGUCAUCUAUGCCUUCGUCGGGGAGAAGUUCAGAAACUACCUCUUGAAGUUUUUCCGAAAGCACAUCGCCAGACGCUUCUGUAAACGCUGCCCAGUCUUCCUGGGAGAUGUCUCCGAGAGAGCAAGCUCGGUUUACACUCGAUCCACUGGGGAGCAGGAGAUCUCUGUCGGCUUGUGACCUGGACUAGGUCUUUGUACACAGCCUGGGAGUGGGAGUGGUUCUUUUGAAAAGGAAGUCACUGUCCUAGAGGGUCUACGAUUCAUCCAUCUGGCACCUCUUUUAAGUAUAUUAGAUCAUUUGAGGCCGUCACUUCCGGAGAGCCAAAUCAAUAUACGCGGAUGAUAUAACAACCUUCUCAUCUCAGCUCCACGCACAUCAACUUAUUGGCACACUCUCCCUUCACUGCA